AUGGUUUCGGUUCCAGAAUUAAAAAACGUAUGUUGAAGACAUGUAUUCACCAACUCCCAGAAGCAAAUAAAUUACUAACUAAUAGUAUAUGGAUAAAAAGUUAUCGAUUCAGCUAAAUGGAUCAAGGAAGGUAACUGGAACAUUAAGAGGAUAUGACGUAUGUAUUUACAAUUGAACAAGCUGUAUUCAAGUAGUGGUACUAACGAAGAAGGUAUUUUUAAACAUAACUUUAGAUGAAGCGUUGGAAGAACAGAAGAAUGGAGAUAAAUUAAAUAUUGGAACCAUUGUAAGUAGCUUUUAAUCGAGCACUGUGAUAACCCAGUGGUAAGGAUCCAAAGUGGAUACUAACAAAUAUAGGUCAUAAGAGGAAAUUCGAUCGUUUCUAUGGAAGUAAGUAUACGAAAUAUUUUGAAGUAUAAAAGUACAUACUAA